AUGUUCGUGUUAAUCAGUGAAAGACUUCUUAUUUGGAAAUAUGGCUCCCUCUCCAUUGGCCCCUACCUCUACGUCAUAUAUGGCUCCCUCUUCGACACUCGUUCGUUUCCGAUCAACUUCAGCUUUUCCUCGUGGGACUUCCUUUGCCCGAUGCUCACACUGCGCGGAAGUUUCGCCUGCACUACGGUUCCAAAAUCGGGAGAGAUUCUCGUCGCCGGUGGCGGAUCCUCGUACACUCUAUUCAGCGCGGCUGGAAGCCGAACGAGCUCAGUGGAGUGGUAUGAUAUUGGGAGAAAUGAAUGGGGUGCAAUGGAUGGGUUGCAGUUCUCAACCGGGUGCGCGGGGUUUUUUGUUGGCGACGGUGAAAAGAAGGAGUUCUGGGUUAUGGGUGGGUACGGCGAGUCCAGAACAAUAUCAGGGGUUUUUCCUGUGGAUGGAGACGCUGUGGUGAUGGAAUUGAAGAAUGAGAAUGGUAGUUGUAGGUGGAGAGAGGUUGGGGAUAUGUGGGAAGCAGGGGAGAGGGUGAGACUGGGAAAAAUUGUUGUCAUCGAAGAUGACGAUGAUUGCGGUGGACUUGCUGUUUUCAUGCUUGAUCGGAAUGUUAUAGUCAAAUAUGACAUGGCUUCAAACCGUUGGUGUAAGGAGUCACGUAUACCAAGACAGGCCCCAUGCAACGAGAGAUUUUUAGUAUUUGUUGUUUUGGAUGGAGAGUUGCAUGUAAUAACCCUUUUGAAGGCAGUCGAGCCAGCAGAAAUCCGCAGGCCGCGAUCGCAUACGAGAGCUGGCACACUGUACGUCCAAAUAUACCAUCCUAAGAAGAAGACAUGGAGAUCUAUCAUAACAAAGUCACCUUUCCAUUACAGCUUGGAUUUCAAUACUGCAGUUAUGAGCACCAUUUGCUUGUGA